UAUUAUUUGGCUGUGGAUCACAAUUUAGCUGUUUUACAAUUAAUGAGAUCAUUUUCACAAUGAAUUGGCUUUUGUGAAUAAGUAUUACAUUUUUAUGAGUGAUCUGACGGUAAAAAUACUGAAACCAUUCUUCUUUGUCUUUGAAGACCGAAAUUAAGCUUCAGGCAACAUAUGAUAUAAGAGAGACCAUUUUAUUUUGUCAGGUUUUCUCUGUUUGUGUUUCCAACAUAUUGUUACCGCAUUGUUUUCCUUUCUUUCUGUUCAGUUAUUUCUUAAUUUAUUUUUUCUCUUUUAAUUUAGUUCACCUUUAUUUUUGUGGUUAAUUUUAAUUAAACAAGUGUGUAUUUGUCUGUAAUAUAUUUAAAAAUGGUUAAUGGUGACAAACAAUCAGGAAAGGUAAUAAAUGAAUCAACAUCUUCAUCUGCAUCAUCUUCCAACACACCAGCUAAUGCUAAUAUUUUAAAAGAAUGUCACAGUCUCUAUGUUGAAGGUGAUUAUGGGUUAAUCAAAACUGGCCGUUUAUUGGGGCUUAGCUUGCUAGCUCCUCGUCGUAAAAUAAUGGUCAUGUUAAUUGGCAAUCAUUCAGCGGGUAAAAGUAGCUUUAUCAAUUGGUAUGUUGGUGAUAGGAUACAAAAAACUGGUGUUGCUAUUGAAACUCAAGGAUUCACUUUUAUAACCAAUGGAAAGAAAAGAGAAUCCCUAACUGGAAAAGCAACACUUCACCUUCACCCUCACUUUAAAGCCUUAGAGAACAUCAAAGGUCUCUCGGAUUACCUUUCAACCGAAAUUUCACCUUCACUGGCAAACAGAUUCAACUGUGUUACUUUUAUUGAUACACCAGGUUUGGUAGAUGGUGAUAUGUACUAUCCUUAUGAUGUUGACAAGGCUAUCCAAUGGUUAGGUGGUAUUGCUGAUCUAAUAUUUGUAUUUUUUGAUCCUAUCGGCCAAGCCUUGUGUCGUCGUACUCUAGAUGUUGUUCAGAAGCUAAAUGCUGUAAAUACUGAGAAAAUAAAACUUUACCUUUCAAAGGCUGAUGAGGCGGGAGAAGAAUCAGAUCGUCAAAAAGUUAUGAUGCAGAUUGUCCAAGAGCUAUGUAAACGUCCUGGUCUGAAUAAAACUGGCUUUCAGAUGGCUACUAUUUAUAUACCUGACUCACGAAUCAUGAGGCCAACUAACUGUAUCAAUCAAAUUGACGAUAUUCAUGAACAAAUUGAGAAAACCAUUAACUACACUGUGCAACACUCUUUGAACACUUUAGAGAAAGAUUGUGACCGAAUAAUCAAUCUAAUUGACAAGAAGAUUGCUGAUGAUGACGAGAAAAAAUCCAAAAAUUUACAUGCUCGGAUUAAAUCGUCUGCUUUUCUUCUCAUUUCUCUUUUCUUACCUUUUCUAAUAAUCUUAAGAGAAGGUAAAAGUUUAACAUUAUUUUCAUCCAUCAAACAAUUGACCGGGGAAAGUGUAGUGCUACUUCUAGAAAAUAUACUUCAACCUAUUGGUGAUUUAUGGAAAACUCUUCCUCAUGAGUAUCAUUUUUAUGUCCAUAUUGGUAUAAUUCUUACCUCAUUGAUAUUCCUUGGAAUGGGCCUUUACACAGCCAAAUUUGUUCCUAGUUUGGACCGAAAAACUCGUAAUGAUUUGAUCAAAAGAAAAGAAUAUAUUCUUAGCAGGAUUAAACCUCGACGAUACACUUUAUAUAAAGAAUAUUUGGCUCAAAGUGUUAACGAUGAAGAUUUACUUGGUUAAUAUCAACAUUUAUUGAUAUAUGGCUGAUUUUAAAUUCUAAACCAUUAAUGUUUCUAUAAACUUGGUGUAGAUCAUGUACAUAGUAUUUGAUGAAUCUCCCUUUCUUGCCUUUUUCGUUCAUCUUUAGAAAAUCGGACAUUUGUUGAAGUCAUCGCCAAAUGAUUAUUUUAUUUCUCAAAUCUAUAUCUAUUAUAACUUGGGCAUCUCUCACAAUAUCUUUUAAAAUCAUCAUCACAAACCUUUAAUGAAUGGAAAUUACAACUUGAGCAUUGUUUUCAUUGGUUAAUCUAUUUUUUGAUACAUGUUCUUAACAAAUGGAUCAUCCAUGUUCAACUGCAACAAUGGCUUAUGGAUAAUACUUCGGUGCAAAUACAGUUUCUUAGUCAAUUUACUAAAGGUUGUCACAAGGUUUUAAUUGUAUGUUAAGCCAUUGAAGAUAUUUAUGUUAGGACACCAUGAUAACUAAAUGUUUGAAUAUCUUCAAUUCAAGAAACUAACAUACAAUUAGACUGCUAUUUAGUGCUGUAAAUUCAAUAUUGAAUAACUUCAAUCAACAAUUCAAUAAAUUAUGCUUAUAAAUGAAA